AUGUUUACAAUCAGAUGGGUAGAUCUUUUAUCUAGUGAAUCAAACUUUACAAAGAAUGACAACAUUAGUGAAAAUUUGAAAAAUAAAAAGCUUCCCUAUGAAAAGGAAACAGAUUUAAACAACAGUUUUUUGAAUUCAUAUAAUGCAGACUUAGAUAAUAGUAACGUUGGUAUAAAUUUGAAAUUAAAAAAUUUAAAAAUUUCGAAUAAUCCUGAAAAGGAAGAAAAUAAUGAUAAAGAAAAAAAAACUUUAAUUAGUGAUACAAAAAAUGAAAUUACUGGAGAAGCAGACCAAACCAAAAAGAACAUUUGCAAUGAUGGAAGUGAUGGAAAUAUAAAUAAAAUUAACAGCAAUGAAAAAAAUACAACUUUAGAAACAAAUAAAAAUGGCAACAAGCAAAACUUAAUGGCAAAUUCAGAUAAUGAAGUAAAAAAUAGUACACCUAAUAAUGCUGAACAGAAUAAUAUUACCAACAUUGAAAAUAAUAACAUAAAUAAAGAAGAAGGGAAAAAUGAUAAAAAUAUAAAGCAUACUACAAAAGAAUUAAAUAAUAAUAAUCAUGACGAUAAAAAUAGUUUAAAGGGAGAAGGACAUUCUUUAACUAAAUUAAAAAGAAAUUCAAUUGGAGGUUCGAUAAAAUCGGGACCGUCUUGUUCUGUAUCUCGUGCAACAUCUAAUUCAUCAAUGAAACGAAAUUCAUAUAAUAUUCAAAAAAACAAAAAAAAUAAUAAAAAAGACAUAAAAAAUUCUUAUUUUUCAAAAUAUAUUGUUGAAAAAAAAAAAAAUAAUGAAAAAAAUGAAGAACAAAUUAAUAAAAACAAUCCAAACUUAAAAGAAAAAACAAAUAAUAAUGAACCAUCAGUAAAUGAAAAUAAAAAAUUUAGUAACCUUUUAACUAUGCCUGCAAAUAAUUUAGUAGGAACAUUAUCUAAAGGGAAAAAAAGAAAAGAAAGAAAUAUAGAUGAUCAAACAAGUAUGUCAAAAAUGAAUUGUACAAUAUCUCAUGAUGUAGAAAUUGAUGAAAAUAAUAUUCCACUUAAUCCAACUAAAAAAAUGAAAAAUAAACUAAAAAAUAAAACAAAUAAUGAAGUUAAUUUUGGAAAUGAAAAUGCUACUCCAACUAUUUUCAACAGAAUGAAUUAUUUAACUAAUCAACAUCAAACAAAAAUAAAUAAAAAAAAUAUAGAUUUAGAAAAAUUCAAUAAUUUUAAUAAUAAUUUUAUUAAUUAUUUAGGAGACAUACGAAAUAACCCAAUUGACUCUAUGCAUAGUGUAAAUAAUAAUAGAGUAAAUAGUAGACUAAAAGAAAUAGCUGUUGGAAAAUCAACUAAAGAAUAUAAAAAUUAUGUUAAGCUUGUUAAAUAUGAAGAUAGAAUGGAUGAUGAUCCAGCAACUCCUAAUGCAUAUGAAAAUAUAACUAAUGCAAAAUUUCAAGCUAAAUAUAAUUUGUGGCGAAAAAAAUUACAUAAAUUUGAUACAAUCAAUUAA